GGGGAAUUGAUCCACUCACUAGAUUCACUAGAGAAGUAAGUGGUCCUUAGAUCAAUUUAGAAACUCCAUCUGAUUUAUAUGUUUGCCAAACAACAUUUGAAAUAAAUAUAAAAGAAGAAAACGUGUACCAUGUUUUUUAUAUUGAUGGAGUAUCUCUAGCUAUGUAGUACUUUAAUUUCAUACCGUAUACAUCCCCUUUGUUGCACAACCACACACGUCAAUUUACUAAUUUGUACGUACUUUUAAAAAUAUAUAAUUUUAAAUAUUCAUCGAUGAUUUAAUGCUUAUAAUUAAGAAGGUGACCUGUUGCGAGUUUAUAAAUCCAACACUAGAAAGAAUUGAGGAAGAAGAAGAGAAAUGGAAUUCAUUCAAGAACUUCAUAUGAAUGGAGGAGGAGGGGAAACUAGCUAUGCCCAAAAUUCCAUCGUGCAGAAGAAGAUACUAAGUUAUGAGAAUCCCAGUAUCCAGGAAGCAAUAUCUGCGAUAUUAUCAUGCAAAAACAAUUUUCCGGUGAGCAUGGGAAUCGCAGAUUUAGGGUGUUCAUCCGGACCAAACACUUUAAUGUUGAUUUCAGAGGUCAUAGACAUUGUCAACUCCAGAAGCACCAAAAUGGGGAUUUCCAUGCCGGAAUUAAGAGUUUAUCUGAAUGACCUUCCGGGCAAUGACUUCAAUGACAUAUUUUUAUCGUUGCCGGAAUUCUACCGGAAGCAAGAACUGGAAAAAGGCAAGAGAUUUAACAAGAGUUGCUUUGUAGCAUGUGUGGGUGGUUCGUUUUAUUGUAGGCUGUUUCCCAAAAGGAGUCUUCACUUCGUUCACUCUUCUUCUGGCCUCCAUUGGCUCUCUAAGGUUCCACCACUUCUGGAUUCGAAUGCUAGCGAACAUUUGAACAAAGGAAAGAUCUACAUCUCAAAGACGAGUUCAGAAAGUGUAAGAAAUGCAUAUUUACAACAAUUUCGGAGUGAUUUUUCAUCAUUUCUUAAAUCUCGAUCGGAGGAAGUAGUCCUAGGUGGUCGGAUGGUGUUAUCGUUCUUAGGUCGAAUGACAACCGAUCCGACCACCGAAGAUUGUUGCUACCAGUGGGAAUUGCUAGCUAAUGCCCUACAAACCUUGGUUUCGGAGGGACGAAUUGAAGAAGAUAAAUUAAAUUCCUUCAACGCGCCUUACUAUGCACCAUCUGUGGAAGAAGUGAGAAAUGAGAUAGAAAAAGAAGGUUCUUUUGUGAUUAAUAGUUUGAAAGCGAUAGAAGUCCCGUGGGAUGCCGGUUAUCGGAGUGACCGUGACAACAAAUACACCGAACUAACAUCGGAAGAAUAUUCUCCGACGACGUCAACGACCGGUGGCCGGGUGGCUAAAACCAUUCGGGCGGUGGUUGAAUCCAUGUUUGAAUCUCAAUUUGGUAAGGAGAUUAUGGAUGAUUUGUUCAUUAAGUUUGCACAACUUGUGGAUGAUUAUUCUUUAAGAGCUGAACCAAAGUACAUCGAUCUCGUUAUUUCUGUCACCCGAAAGUAUGAAUAAUUAAGGGAAUAGACUAGUCAAAUUCAUUUCAUUAUUGUAAUACUUUGAUUCAUAAUUAUGACUUAUUUUUUUUUUCCUAAGAAACUAAGUGAAUAAGGUAUUGCGGACAAUUCUUCUAUUGUGUAUACAUCAAUUCCAAUUAAGCAAUCCCAUCAGUUUGUUUUAAUUUCACUUCUCUUUCGUAUCUUGUAAAUUGAAUAAUUAAGCUAGUAGGAAAUGCAAUCACAUCAACUUUGCAUUAGUUCAUGAUCA